AUGCCGCGGCUGCUGGCAGCCCGGCGCCACCAAGCAGACGCGCUGCUCGUGGAUGGACUGCUGGAGCGAGGCGCUCCCGAGCGCUUCGUUGGGCCCACGGUAGCUCAAAUCAACCGCGACUCACAGCUCCCUUCGCAGGAGCACUCGCUCGAGAGCUGGCGCGCGUACAACUACCCGCACGUCACCACAGUCUACUGGUCGCUCUACCGCUCCGCCCGCUACGCCUCUCCGCCGCUCGCCCGCCGGAGGCCGUGGCAGUGGUACCUGCGCCGCGCGCACGCGACGGCGCUCGCCGUGUGGCGGUGGGGCGGCGACCCGUGGACCAAGAAGCAGGGCAACGGCGUCGGCACCGCGCAGUGGGGGCUCAUGGUCGGCUCCGUCUUCGAGCUCGUGCUCUCGGACCUGCGCCGCGAGGGGUGGGCCGAGGAGGCGGCCUCGCUGCAGGAGGCGACCGAGAAGCGGAUGGCGGUUUGGCUGUCGAUGCCUUUCCCAUACGGCUCAACACACUCGCCGGGACUCGACGGCGGCCAGCACCGAGCAGGCUCUGAGUUCUCGUGGGACUCGACCGGCCACGAGGAGAUCUCCACCUGGCUGCUAGCCUUUGGAAAGGAGGCCGAGGCGGCGCAGGUCAAGGACGCCAUCACCGCGUACGCCUAUUGCGGCUCCGCGCGCCGCUGGUGGGACUUCACCAUCAACGGCGCGACAGUGCGCGGCAACGAGCGAGUCUUCCACCACUACGCCGCCGCCCUCAACUCGGUGCCGCUCUACGACCACGCGUUACGCGACCCGACCAACGGCUGGCUGUGGCGCCUCGCCCACUGCGCCGGCGGAGGCUCGCUCACCAACGUGCGGCGCGACGGCUCCGCGUCGAUGGGGAUGCACGCGGACCCAGAGGUGCUCGCGCUCGACGACUACUCGGCCGACUUCGGCGUCGGCUUCUACGGCCACUGGCGCAACGCCGGCGCCUACUACGUCUGCGCGGCGGCCGGCUCCCUCGGCCUCGCCUGCCUCGGCUGCGACGCUGCGCUGCACCGCCCUGCCGGGGCGCCGCCCUCAGACUGCCCGCCGGCGGGCGCCGCCGAGGUGUCGCCGCGAGACGCGUUCGGGAGGCGCGCUUACUUGUGGCCGCUCGCGCUGCUUCUCUCGUGCGAGGGAGGCCGCUUCUCGCGGCUGCGGCUCGAGUGGGUGGAGGGAAGGCUCGGCACGCUCCGACUCGCGCUGCUGCCCGCCUUCGCCGGAGCCUCGCACGCGCUCCUCUCCCUCACCGCCGAUGGCACCGUCGCGCGCGGCUCGCGCCGCGCUCGCGUCCGCUGCGAGAGGCCGGCCCCGUGCAACGUCGGCGCGACGAGCUUUGGCGGCGAGGCGGCCGGCUGGCUGAACAUCUCGCUGGCGGGAGCAGCCGAGGUGGAGCUGGUCGUCGCCCUCGAGAGGGGAGAGUGCCACCUUUACCACUUUGGUGUCCUCUCGUCACUCGUGUAG